AUGCAGCAUUAUGGAGUGAACGGUUACUCUCUUCACGCCAUGAAUUCUCUGAGUGCCAUGUACAACCUUCACCAGCAGGCGGCGCAACAAGCCCAGCAUGCCCCUGACUACAGACCCUCGGUGCACGCCCUCACGCUGGCAGAGAGACUGGCCGGCUGUACAUUUCAAGACAUCAUUUUGGAGGCCCGUUAUGGAUCCCAGCAUCGCAAACAGAGGAGAAGCCGCACAGCCUUCACCGCCCAACAACUGGAAGCCCUGGAGAAGACUUUCCAGAAGACUCACUAUCCAGAUGUGGUGAUGCGGGAACGACUGGCCAUGUGCACCAACCUACCGGAAGCCAGAGUACAGGUGUGGUUUAAGAACCGAAGAGCCAAAUUCCGGAAGAAACAGCGCAGCCUCCAGAAGGAGCAGCUGCAGAAGCAGAAGGACUCAGAAGGGAGCCACAGCGAGGGGAAGACGGAAGCUCUUGUGCUGGAAAGCCAGACUUCCGCCCCUGACGUAGACAAGCCACAGAGCCAGCCGAGCGAAGCGAGCACGGAGCUCAACCUCACCUUGUCGGAGCAGUCGGCCAGCGAGUCCGCAGCAGAGGACCAGACGGACAGAGAGGAGGACUUUAAGAACCCCUUGGAGGAGUCCAAAGCAGACAAAGGUCCCGGCGCUGAGAGCAAGGCUCUGAACUGCAAGAGAGCCAGUCCAAAAGCAGACUCUCCCAUCAGUGCCACGGUGACGCCUUCCUCCAGCAGCGGCAUGUCUCAGACUCACUCCUACUCCUCCUCGCCUCUGAGCCUCUUCCGUCUCCAGGAGCAAUUUCGCCAGCACAUGGCCGCCACUAACAACUUGGUCCAUUACUCCUCCUUUGAAAUGGGGACCCCAACUGCCAUGCCAUACUUGGGCAUGAAUGUCAACAUGGCGCCCCUCAGCUCUCUCCAUUGUCAAUCGUAUUACCAGUCGCUCUCCCACGCCCAGCAGGUCUGGUCUUCACCCAUCUUGCAGGCGUCUAGCUCCCUCCCUACCCUGAACAGUAAAACGACAAGUAUUGAGAAUCUAAGGCUCCGGGCAAAGCAGCACGCCGCCUCCCUCGGACUCGACACCUUACCAAACUGA